AUGGAGCUGCGACUGGCAUGCAGGGCUUCCCUAGUCCUGGUCAUACUGGCCCUGACUCUCUCAGGACAGAGGGUUGAUGCUCAAAGCAGGGCAGGCUGUAAGAAUGUGCACUAUGACCUGGUGUUCAUCCUGGACACAUCGUCCAGUGUGGGGAAGGAGAACUUUGAGAAGAUCCGCCAGUGGGUCUCCAACCUGGUGGAGUCGUUCGACGUGGGCCCGGACAAGACGCGUGUGGCCGUGGUACGCUACAGCGACCGGCCCACCACCGAGUUCAACCUGGGACGCUACCGCACCAUGGACGAGGUGAAGAGGGCCGCCAGGAACAUCCGCUACCUGGGAGGGAACACCAUGACCGGGGACGCCAUCAGCUACACCACCACCAACAUCUUCACAGAGCAGGCCGGGGCCAGGCCUGCAGCCAGGGGCAUCCAGAAGGUGGCUAUCCUCCUGACAGACGGGAGGAGCCAGGAUUACGUGUUGGAACCGUCAAAGGCGGCGGCGAAGGCCGGGGUGAGGAUGUUCGCUGUGGGCAUCGGGGAGGCUCUGAAGGUGGAGCUGGAGGAGAUCGUUGCAGAACCUAAGAACGCUCACGUGUUCCAUGUGACAGACUUCAAUGCCAUCGACAAGAUCAGAGGGCGGCUGAGGAGACGGCUCUGUGAAAACGUGCUAUGCCCCAAUAUGAAGGUCCAACCAGACCGCUUCAAGCCCAACAGCACCAGCUAUGGAUUGGAAGAAGUUCCAGGGUUCGACCUGAUGGAAUACUUCAAAGUGGAAAACAUACUGGGAUCAAGGUUUGAUGAGGGCCAGAGCUCCUAUGUUCGACUUGGGACCAUGCCUAUUGUACAACAGACAGAAGACGUGUUCCCUCAAGGUCUGCCAGAUGAAUAUGCCUUUGUGACGACUUUCAAGUUCAGGAAAACCUCGAGACGGGAGGACUGGUACCUCUGGCAGAUCUUUGACAAGUAUGGAAUUCCACAGGUGUCUAUCCGUCUGGACGGUGAAAACAAGGCAGUGGAAUACAACGCAGUGGGGCUGACCAAAGACGCAGUGAGAGCUGUGUUCAAGAACGAGGAGGUGGACAACCUGUUCGACAGGAACUGGCACAAGAUCGCCCUGAGCGUCGAGGCCAAGGCUGUGUCUCUCUACCUGGACUGUAAAUUCAUCCAGACCCUGCCCAUCGGGGACAGGGAGGACAUCGAUAUCCACGGGAAGACUGUGAUCGGAAAGAGGCUGUAUGACAGCGUGCCCAUUGAUUUUGACCUUCAGAGAAUGAUCAUCUACUGUGAUUCCAAACACGCUGAGCUGGAGACCUGCUGUGAUCUGCCCACCGGGCCGGUGAGUCAGACAGUGGUGACGGAGGCCCCUCCCAUAGAGAUCCCCACCCCCACCCCUGCAGGUGUGGAGCAGCAGAGAGGACCCCAGGCGGUCAACUGCUCCUGUCCCGCUGGAGAGAGGGGAGAGAUCGGUAUACCUGGCGUUGCAGGGCCCAAGGGUGAAAAGGGUGAUACUGGUGCUCUGGGAGCAGCUGGACCUACUGGCCUCAAGGGAGCCAAAGGAGAAACUGGCAAAGUAAUAACUGUCAAGGGAGACAGAGGUGAGAAGGGGGAUCCCGGUAGCCAGGGGACAUCCGGUGACAAAGGAUCCAAUGGGGAGAAGGGAACCAGUGGAGCGGCAGGUCUUGCUGGGAAAGAUGGAUCUAAAGGAGAAAGAGGUGAAUCUGGGCUGGCAGGCGAUCAGGGAUUACCUGGACCUCUGGGACCAAAGGGAAUUCAAGGAGACUCAGGACUUCCUGGUUCAUCUGGACCCAAAGGUGUCGGUGGUGAAAAAGGUUUGAAAGGAGAUAAAGGAUCUGCAGGAUUAAGGGGUGACAAAGGUCUUGACGGAUUCCCUGGAAAACCUGGUGUCACAGGGAAAGAUGGUUUGGGAGGACUGAUUGGCGCACCUGGAGCCGCUGGAGUGAAAGGGGAAAAGGGAGAGACGGGCCCUGCUGGAAUGCCUGGGGAUAUGGGACCGCCAGGACCUCGUGGCCCUCCAGGACCUGAUGGUCCCCCAGGACCCCCUGGUGCAACUGGUCAACUUGGUUUACCUGGCGAACCUGGAGAGUUUGGCCAAAGGGGCAAGAAAGGUGAAAGUGGAUUACCUGGUGUUGACGGGCUACCCGGACCACCUGGUUCCCAGGGGCCUCCUGGAGGGCAAGGAAACCCUGGACAAACUGGACCUCCUGGUCUACCUGGUGAGAUUGGAUUUUCAGGGAAACCAGGAGAGUCAGGCAAAGCAGGUUUACCUGGAAACGAUGGGCUGGACGGACUUCCAGGAAAUGACGGAGCCAAGGGGCCUAGAGGAGAGUCUGGAUUGGAUGGCUUCCCUGGUAAACCUGGUCCUAAGGGUGAAGAAGGACCACCGGGACCAAGAGGACCUGGAGGAGAGGGGGGACAAGUUGGUUUAACUGGACAACCAGGUGUUGUUGGACCUAAAGGAGAGAAAGGAGGACAGGGUGACCGGGGACAAGGCGGCUCUCUCGGGCCAAAGGGUGACAAAGGUGACAAGGGUGACACGGGACCCAAGGGAACUACAGGAACACCAGGAAAUGUGGCCAAUGUUAUCCCUGAGCCUGGUGAGCCUGGAACACCUGGAGAGAGAGGAGAAAAGGGAGAGCAGGGGAAUCCAGGAGAUAUUGGUCAACGAGGAGUGCCUGGUGAACAAGGCUUUACGGGACUGCCCGGACCACAGGGACCUAAAGGUGACAUUGGCCCUAAAGGAGAGACGGGGAGACAAGGAGAGCCUGGUCCUCCAGGAUUGCAGGGUACACAGGGCACCCGUGGACUGCCUGGCAAUGUGGGCAUCCCUGGAACCAUUGGACCACCUGGAAUAGCUGGACAGAGAGGAGAGAGGGGAGAGAUGGGGAAGGAGGGUCGUGGUGGCGCCCCAGGCCCUCCUGGAGAUGCAGGCAUACAAGGACCCCCUGGCCUACCAGGGAAGGGCAAAGACGGACAGAACUCCAGGGAACUGGUGAUCCUGGACAGCAGGGAAUUGAAGGACCGCCUGGCCAGAAGGGCCAACCCGGAUCCCAGGGACUUCAGGGGGUUCCAGGGAACAGGGGUCCUCCAGGAGAAGGGCAUGAGAGGUCUGUCAGGCGUUGCUGGUACACAGGGACCUGCAGGACACAAUGGUUUACCAGGAAGACCAGGAGAGAAGGGAUCCCCAGGAGAGCCAGGAGCAGCAGCAGACUUGUCGGAUUUGAAUCUGAAGGAUGUGUGUUCAGACUGCCCAGCCGGAGCCCCGGGACAGCCUGGUCUGCCAGGGACACCAGGGGACAAGGGACAAGCUGGACCCCCAGGGAAGAACGGACAGGACGGGUACCAAGGCCAGGCAGGCCCGGCCGGACCCACUGGACCCCCAGGAGCUAACGGAGAAAAGGGUGUGAAAGGUGAUAGAGGACCCCAAGGAGGGCCUGGAGACAAAGGUGAAAUAGGCCACACCGGACCCCCCGGCCACCCCGGUGCUGCUGGCAUCAUGGGGAAUCCUGGUAACAACGGUCAACCCGGCCCCAUCGGUCCCCCAGGAGCCCCUGGAGAAAAAGGCAAGGAGGGGAUGAAGGGAAUCCAGGGGCCACCAGGUCUACCUGGCUUAAUGGGUCAAAUGGGCAAAAUUGGCAAAGAUGGCCGCCAAGGAGAACAAGGAGAAUCUGGUAAACAAGGAGAGCCAGGACCACCAGGACAACAAGGACUCAGGGGAAUGCCUGGCUUCAAGGGUCACAGAGGAGAGCCUGGACCACCAGGGUCAAAGGGUGAAGAUGGAAAGGAAGGCCGUAGUGGACCAGAGGGUAAACCUGGCCAAGACGGUAAUAUUGGACCACUUGGACCAGAGGGCCUUGCUGGCCGGAGAGGGGAGAAUGGUAAACCUGGUGAACCAGGACCUUCAGGAAAGCCAGGAGCCCCUGGUACUCCUGGUCCGGCUGGAGCCAAGGGAGACCCUGGGAACCCAGGAUUACCAGGCUUUAGUGGUCCAAAGGGACCUUUGGGUCCUGCUGGUCCUGUCGGCCCAGAGGGAAAACAGGGUAUGUCAGGCAGAGCAGGAGAACGUGGAGUCAAAGGAGAGAGGGGCGACUCAGGUGGGAAGGGAGAUAAGGGAUCUGUUGGAGAUCCAGGUAUGCCUGGUAACCCGGGGCCCCCAGGCCAUAAGGGCCACACAGGGAUGAUGGGUAUGUCCGGGCCCCCAGGAGAGGUGGGACUUACCGGGCCUCAGGGAACACCUGGAAACCCCGGACAACCAGGACCACGGGGAGAGUCAACAUCACUGGAAACAAUGAGAAGGCUGAUCCAGGAGGAACUAGCUAAAGCGUUAGAUGACAAAAUGGCGUACCUGAUGGCCCAGAUCCAGCCGGCCCAUGUGAAGAGCACGGCAGGUCGGCCAGGACCUCCAGGCCCCUCGGGGAAAGACGGGAGCCACGGUCGCCCCGGACCUCCAGGGGAGCCUGGCAUGCCUGGGCAGAAUGGAGGAGACGGCAUGAGGGGACCCAUGGGUCCUAAAGGUGAGAGAGGAUCAAGAGGAGACAAAGGAGAAAACGGAGUUGGACAGAGAGGAGAGACUGGACCAUCAGGUCCUAUAGGUCCAGCAGGUAUGCCAGGCUAUGGUAAGGAUGGGCAGCCCGGGGUGGCUGGAGCUCAGGGAGAAGCAGGGAAUCCUGGCCCCCAUGGCCAGCCAGGCCCCAGCGGACCCCCAGGACAGUGUGACCCCUCCCAGUGUGCCUACUACGCUAGUCUGGGAUCACGACCCCACACCAAGAACGUCAAGGGGACUUAA